AUGCGGGAGUUGAUACCAGAGAAAACUUUGAAACAACUCCGGGACAAAAGGGCCCAAAAAUGCUACAAAGAACGGCGUGAAAGGUACCUCGCAGAAAGAGGGAUCACAGCGAGCGCUAGUACUGAUGAUGACAGUACAGAACCAGUAUCCACAGACACAGGGGAUGGUAGAGCUACCGUCCCCCAAGAAGAAGCGCCCGAAACCAACAGCUGCGAGGAAGCGGGAGUAGGGGGUGGCUCCCCUAUCCCAGUCCCGGAGCUACUCGACGUAUCAGCAGUAGCUGCCAUUGCAGGGGGUGAAAAUAACGUUAAUAAUAUCACCCCCACCGCCGAAAACAUAAGUCCGACUCAGACGCCUGACAUGUCAGAGAGGGUACUGAAUGUCAGUGUAGAUGAGUUGGUAUCGCCAGCAGCUUCUCCAGAAGAGACACUUUGGAGACAGGAUGUUGCUCAGACUGCCCGUAGCUGCAAGUUGACUCGAGCGGCACAGCAACAUCUGGAGGUGAACACGGUCACCCAGCUGCUUAGAAAUGCAAUCUCCGAGGCUUGCGAUUUGCCUAUGGGGCAGCCCCAAUCGCAAAUAGAUACUUUACAUGAUAGAGUCACCGCUCUCUUCGUCAGCGAGGAGCGGGGAGUUGCAGGGCGACGAAAGGGAAGGCGUAGAGGACAAAAUAAGAGGGGUAACAGACGGUACCUCUACGCCCGUACCCAGGAUAUUUACAAAAAAGAGCCAGGCAUUCUUGCCAAGCACGUCCGUAACAACGUGGACUGGCUGGAGGAACCAGGGGUAAAAGCUCCAGCCCAAGACGUGCGGGACCUGUACAAAAAGCUUUGGGGCACAAAUCCGUCGGAAGUACAGGUGCCCUUCCUGGGAGAGCCCUCCGAACCGGCACUUGGGUUAGGUACUGUGCUAACCGCCGUGACGGUGAAAGAGGUGAACACGCGUCUCUCUCGGAUGAAAAUGUCCACAGCACCGGGUCCCGAUGGUAUUAAAAAGGGAGACAUUAAACGCGUUCCUGGUGCAAACGAAGUCCUCCAGUUAUUUUUCAAUUUAAUCAUGAUAAGCGGUAAGAUUCCUACCGCCUGGAGGAAGAACCGAACUACUUUGAUCCCUAAAGAGGGUAAGGACGGUAUGUUAGCUGAAAACUACCGUCCAAUUACAAUCUCUUCUUUAAUGUCGAGAAUUUACUUUGGCAUUAUUGACAGCAAACUUAGGGCAAAAGCACGGUUCUCACCCAGACAAAAGGGCUUCAUGAACGAAUCUGGGUGCUUCAACAACAUCCACAUCCUCAAUGAGCUGCUGAGGCACUCAAAAGCCAAGAAUGGCCUGGUCGUAACGCAGCUGGACGUGUCCAAAGCAUUUGAUACUGCCGCACCAAGCUAUAGGACACGCGUUACGUCGCAAAGGUUUUCCCGAACAGGUGGUACGUAUCGUGGAAAAUGCAUAUGA